AUGGGUUGCAACAACACAUUGGUUAUAUGGAUUGCGGCGAUGUUAAUGAUUGUGAUGAUGAAUGGAGUUACCGUUGAAGGUAUAUGCAACACGAGUAUACCAUUAAUGAGCGAAUGCUUCUCCGCCGUUGAUGGAGAUCCUAGCACGCAAUGUUGCCUUAACAUUCAAGACGCCGACUUGCAAUGUCUUUGUAAAUAUAAAUUUAUGCUGUCAUUUUAUACUAUUGAUCUUCAAAAGGCUAUGCAAAUUCCUACCAAAUGUGGCCAGAGCAAUCCAUGUACAUGA